AUGUCAGAGCUGUCCUCAGAGGAGGCGGCGGCCUUGGCCAAGAUCCAGGCGGCUGCGAAGGGCGCCGAUGUCCGGAUGGCCGCCGCUACAGGUGAGAGCCAAGCGGGCAAAGAGGCGGAGGCGGCGGAGAUGAGUCCCGAGGAGAAGGAAGCAUUGCUAAAGAUCCAAGCAGCCCAGAAGGGUGUGGAAGCCCGAGUGGCCGAGGACAAGCCCCCCGUCGCUCACAUGAUGAUGCCAAAGAAACGGCAGCAGCGCCGGAAACUGCGUUCAGCUCGAAUGUAUCGGUUGAUGUACGAUUUCAAGGCGAAGAAGCUGGCCAGUGUCCCCUUCCUGACGCUGGUCGGACCUGUGUCCACUCAGUCCGAUGCCUGGAAGAAAGUGUGGAUGUUCUCAGGUGCGGGCUCAACCAUGCACACUGAUGCAUCGGAAGCCAAGAAUGCUGAGCAGCCAUCGCAGAUAGUUGGCUCCAGCUGGAUACCAAAGGUAUCCGGCAUCGCGGUUUGA